CCAGAACAGAUCCAGCUGGACGCAGAGAGAGAAGCAGACUGCAGACCAUAAGAAAGAAACGCGGCAGAUUAUCUCCCGGACGACAGCCCAACUUUGGGGAGAUAUAGCUAUUAAACCAAGAGAGAACAAAGUAACGUUUAAUGGAUGACAUCUAAAAUCUACAUCGACUGACUGCAGCCCUAACUCCGCGUGUGUGAUGUGACCGCUGACUCCACAAAAUCUGACGCUAGUGCGCACGAUGGAGGAACUUUUACGCACACAGGAUGCUUGGGCUCAGAACGGUUCCUGGUACAAUUCCAGUUAUUUAAACAUCACCAAUAUAGGGAACAACACGGUAAAUCCCUUAAAGCGAAAUGAAGAAGUAGCCAAAGUGGAAGUUACUGUCCUGGUUCUGGUGCUGCUGCUCGCUCUGACCGGCAACCUGUGCGUCUUGUGGGCUAUCCAUACCACCAAGCACAGCCAUUCUCGGAUGUAUUACUUCAUGAAGCACCUGAGCAUCGCAGAUCUUGUUGUGGCGGUGUUCCAGGUCCUGCCGCAGCUCAUCUGGGACAUAACCUUUCGUUUUUACGGACCUGAUUUCCUUUGCAGGCUGGUUAAAUACCUCCAGGUUGUUGGCAUGUUUGCGUCAACCUACAUGCUGGUCUUGAUGUCCAUCGAUAGAUGCUUAGCGAUCUGCCAGCCGCUUCGCUCGGUGCACAAGGGGAAAGAUCGCUUCUGUGUGAUCGCAUCUUGGAUCCUCAGUCUGAUUUUCAGUACCCCACAAGCCUACAUCUUUUCUCUCAGGGAGGUCGGGAAUGGCGUUUACGACUGCUGGGGGGACUUCGUGCAACCCUGGGGUGCCAAAGCCUACAUCACAUGGAUGAGUCUGAGCAUUUACAUUCUUCCAGUAGCGAUAUUAAGCAUCUGCUACGGUCUGAUAUGUUUUAAAAUAUGGCAGAAUAUCAACAUGAAAACCAGGAGGGAUCAUGUUUUGGCUCUCACACCGAGGCCAUCCAAGGGCGCACAUCCACUGUCACGCGUGAGCAGCGUCAGACUAAUUUCUAAAGCCAAGAUCCGCACCGUGAAAAUGACAUUUGUGGUGGUCAUUGCAUAUAUUGUGUGCUGGACUCCUUUUUUCUUUGUCCAGAUGUGGUCUGCAUGGGAUCCUGCUGCACCAAGAGAAGACAUGGCCUUCAUCAUCUCCAUGUUGCUUGCUAGCCUCAACAGCUGCUGUAAUCCCUGGAUCUACAUGUUCUUUGCUGGUCACCUGUUUCACGACCUGAUGCGGAGCUUCUUCUGUUGCUGCAGACACUAUCUGGCGGACUCUUCCUGCCGCUGCGAUCAGCAGUGCAGGCACAAAAGUGGCUCCUCCACUUUCGUCAUCAAGAACGGCAGCAGUAUGAGGAGUUUGACUCACACUUCCAGCACAGGGGGGCCCGCGCAAUGAGCCGGCAGGGAGCCAUCUUAAGCUUCCCGUGGUUGACUUGAUCCAGCAAUCAUGCAAGGCCUUGGUUGAGGCAUUUAAUCAGCUACAGCAGAGCUGAGCUCGCCAUGGCACAAUGCUUGUUGUCAGCUGUAUUAAAUUAAGCCAAACAGAGAACAUAAACCUCCUGUCCGGAAACAGCCCUGGACCCUGUGAUAACAGAAAGUAGAACAAAAUGCCAUUGUGUCCAAAAUGUGAACUAAAUGAGCUGCAAAGUGAAGUUCUAACCAGAGCACAUUUAAAUUUAGCAGGAUGUGUUCAAAUGUUCGCUCACGGCUGCAGUCAGCUCUGACAGGACCAGACAGGAUGGACCAGACUUUAAUCGAAGAUGCCAAAAAAACUUUUCCUGUUGUUGCUUUGAACAGACUGACUUGGUGGCUUUCAUUUCUAUCUUUGGCCACAGAAUGAGUAGGAGGAAAAUAAUUAAUGUAUGUUGUUGUUUACUGUGGCAUGUUCAAACAUAUAUAUCUGUGAGAUGACAAAAUAGGACAAAAUAUUACAUACUGGAUGUUUAAUUAACGAGACGUGUCUACUAUCUAAGGUUAAACAACUGUAAACAUUCUUUAUAUUUGUUUACAGUGUUUUUGUACUUCAGUUUUAUAGUUUAAGGGUGUAUUCACACCUGACACAUUCGGCCCACUAUAUACGGACCAGAAUAUGUUUCCCCCGUUGGUCUAAACCUUUUGUUCAGGUGUGAAUACACUCAAGCGAACUCUGGUGCAGACUAAACAAGUGGACCUAGACCCACUUUUUGAGGUGUUCUCAAAACAAACUCUGGUGCAUUUCCCUUCAAGUGUGAACACAGACCGGCCUCAAUAUGAACCAACAACAGGACACACACGACAUUUUGGACUCAUUAUACAGGUAUUCUUGCUAACAGUCACCAUUGCUGGGAAUUAUGGUAAAAAUGAGCCCUUCAGUGUUGCUACUACAACGUGUACUGAAAUCGUACCUAAUCGCCUGUUUGCUGCUGCCAGUAUGUUGUGGGCCAGGGCACUCAGAGCAUCUAAUUCAGCUUCCACCACACACUUGUGGACACCGUUCCAAAAUUUGGAAUAUCACAUUGUAAAUCCUUCAUUGUUUGAACUGCUCCUUACGUUUUAAAUGGUAUUACAGUUCUAAUAACAGCACAAAUGUGCACAACAGAAAUGCAGCAAGCAGGACUUCCAGAGUUCUUUUUUUUUUUUUCGGGUCUGUCCUCUGUUCCAACCCCUGUCAUUUCUGGCCAGUGGGGUCUUCGCCCAAGUUGAUUUGUCUAUAAAGAGUAGUCCACUUGCAAAAAAAGGACAAUGAGAAAGCAAAUCGAAGGAAAAAGAAUAAAUAAAGUCCGCUGUUGGUCCAGACCAAACACACAAACAAAAGUCUAUCCUGGUGUGUAUACAACUUAAAGAAAGUUUACCAUAGAUGCUGAUCCACAUUGUUAAUAUUUUUUAUAUAGUUUUUCUCAGUUGCUUUUGCACAUUUCUCUUAAAACAAUUGAAACUGAACAAACUUCCUGUUUAAUUUCCAAGUCCAGUUGCUAACUAUUUCUACUAUUUCUUCUUUGAUUUGUUGUUCUGCAUAUACUUUUAUAAACUCAUGCAGUUUCUUAUGAGCAAUAGAUGGUUGUUUCAUACAUUUGCUCAUUUAAUGAUGAUCAAAUGCAUUUCUCUUCGGGCCAGCUUGCCAUUUCAUCUUGCAUUUAAGGGUGUUGAAAUAUUUACAUAAAACUAUAAAGCAUAUUUCAAACAUUUCUUCUGAAAUUCUCUCAAUGAUUGUGUUCAGAAUAUAUAGAGUUUCUACCACUUUGAAUUGCUCUCAGGUUAAACUUGACUAGGGGAAUGUGUGGCACUGGCUCAUUUAUAUUCUUGCUAACAGAACUACAUUUACUCACUCAACCAAUCACAAAUGGUUUUAUAAAGAUUUGUUGCAUGCACAUUAACUUUUUUCUCACUGACUGACAUUAAAUCAGACUAAACUUUUCUAAUUUCAAAUUAGAGUAAAAUUAUUUCUACUUGCUGGUAGUUUUGAAAAUGAUAAUUUCAUAAAAUUCCAGUUUGCAGUUGUUCAUGCGCAAACCUAUUUGGUUUUUGUCCUUUUUUAUAUAUAUAUAUAUCCUAUCACCUGCUGCUUAUUGCAGCUAGUUGAAAUUUUGGCCCAUUCCUAACUGAGUCAGAUUUGGAGACUGCUUUGCUCUCACACACAUUUUCAGCCCUGUCCACAAAUUUUCUGAGGGUGUGAAAUCGGAGCUUUGUGAUGACCUUUCCUGCUUUUGUUGUCUGAAAAGCUCUCUAACUAAUGUGAUGGUAUGUUCAGGGUCAUACCAUCCUGACCCAGGCCUUAAUUUUCCACCUGUUGUCUAGUGAUGUUGCGUCAUUAUUUUCACAGAAUGUUCCUUCCUCCUGAGGCAAUCUGUUUUCAGAUGUUUACUUCUUGCAGCAAGAUCCCAACAACACAACUCUGUCAUUCUUGUACUUCACAGUUUGGAUGGUGUUCUUAGGGUUGCAAGAUUGAUCCUUUUUUCCUGCAGAUGUGACAAUGGAAAUUAUGACCCAACUAUUUAGUUUCAGUUUCCUCAGACAACAAGACAUGGCUUCAAAAAGUAAUUUUUAUGUUGCCUUUGUAGUAAUGGCUUCUUUCUGAUAGAGCCGCCUUUCAGCUCAUGUCAGCACAGGACUUGUUUUGUUGUUGAUAAUAACCCCCCUCUCACCAGAUUUGGCCUACAUCUUCACAUUGUCAUUUUCUUUUGUUCAGAGAUUGUUUCACACAUUUUGCAACGAAACAGAUGUUGUCUCUGGGACACAGAACAACACCAAUGUCCAGCUGGACAAUCCCAAGCUGUUUUUACUUGUGUGCAGUUGGCACCUUCAGGCACCCAAAACUGAACCAGACUUUCAGAGAGCCACAGUUUUCAUCCUGAUAUUUUGCAUGACUUCUUUUUAAUUUCACUUUCACACAAGAAAGCAGUGUGUUUGAAUCAUCACCUCAAAACACAUCCACAGGUGUGUCUCCAGAUUUUUUUUUAUUGUUUUGUGAAACUCCUGAUAGGUUAAUUAGUCAUCAGGACUUUUGUAAAUUGUUUAAAGGUAAACCAAUAUAAACAUCUGAAUUUAAAGAACGUAAGAAAGAAAAUCCUAAAAAAAUAUCUAUUUCAUUAGUCUUUCUAUUAGUAAAUAGAAAUAAUGAAUAAUACAUUAAAGAUUAUGGUUUGUAGAUUCCCAUCUACCCUAAAACAGAAAAUAUUUAAGAUCAGACCAAAAAAGGCUGUUUUCUUUUCUGUUACUGUGUAUGUAAUUAUCUGUUUUUAAUUGUUAAUUAAUAUACAAAUGUAUAAGUCACUUUGAUGGUUUUCCAACUUUAAAUCUGAAACACUUAUACUGGUAAAACGUUUCCAGUAUCGUGUCCUGUAGCCUUGAUAUAUGGCAUUGGUUUUCACAGAUCUGUUGACUGGUAAAAAUAUUUAUUUUUCAGAUACAGACCAAGGAUCUGAACAAGUUCCUCAUUUGUGCUGUUUUCUCCAAAUGUUCUGUGAUAUUCACUAUUUUACAAAUCUUCAGAAUGAUGUGUGAAAUAUGCCAAAACAACUCAGAAAACAUGUAAUAGGAAUAUUCUCUCCUGAGGUUUGCCUAAUGUCCAAUAAAAAAACGUAACACUAAAAAAGGUUAAAUGUCUAUGCAUGGGUAUCUGCAGUCAGUGCCAUCUCAAAGCUCUGUAGAAAACCAUCCUGCCAAUUUGUUUGGGUGCCUGUGUGUGAAAAUAAAUCAUCCGGUUAAUGAUUCGGGUUAAAUGGGAUUAGACAGAUCAAAGGCUAAACUCAGGAAUUUUGUCUAACCAUCCUGCAUUUAUUCAGACUUGACUUCAGGUCAAAACAUUGCUAUACCUCAGAAAUGAUGAGAACUGUUUUCCUCUGUUUUUCUUUUAUACAUAAAACUGGUUUAUAGUGAUAUAUUGCCUCAUCUUAUGACAGAAAUCGAAAGCUCAAAACAUAGAACAUCCAAUUGGCAUCCUUCAUGAUUUUCAAAGCCUAAUGUCGCAAAUUUAGAUUUUAUGUGACUGGAUAUAAAUUGCUGAACUCAUAGUUAUUCAUACUUCCAACAGAAAUGAAAGAGGGACCCAUCAAAAUGUCUUAAAACAAUUUUAAAGCAAUAUACAAGGAAACAUUUAAAAUAAUCUUAGCAGCAGUAGUUUGAUCAACAAAUGAAACCAUUACUGAAGAAAACCAGGGCUGCUAGUGUUCAAACUGCAGAAAAAUAUUUUUUUUACAAUAGGUGUUGUGUGGUCCCUCUCAUACAGAACUUGCUUGCUUUAGUGGUUAUGAGCUGUAUGUCAGUGACCAAAUUUUACUUAAAAUAGUGAGACAGGCCCAUAUGUCCAAACCCUGUUAAAAUAACUGAGCUUUCACUCCCGUUUCGAGCCAGAAUUACGGCAGUGAAAUGGUUCUGACUAUAAUUUGUGACAAAAGUGUACUUGGAUUGUAGCUCAGUGCUCAAGAAAUUAUCCCAAAUUAUGGACAACAUUGGAAGAGAGACAUAGAGUGGCUCAAUCCAGCCCCUAAAAGCAAUUACGAAGUCUGUUUCUCCACUUAUGUGUUAUUUUGAUCAACACCAGUCACAUACAUUAAAUCGGGAGUCAGCAACUCCAGUCCUUGACUGCCACUAUCCUACAACUUUUGGAUGCAGCUCUGCUCUAACACACAUGCAUGAAAAGGCUGCAUUACCUCUUUGGCAUGUCUGCAAGUUGUACAAAAGUUUGAUCAUUGGAUUCAGGUGUAUCGGGGCAGGAUUGCAGAUAAAAGUUGCAGAACAGGGCUUGUUGAUUCUUAUUAAAUAUUUCCACCAGAAAAUUGUGUCAACUUUUAAAAAGGUACACACAUAGCCUACUUUAAAUCUUAAUGUGUAACUUACGAGAGUAAAAGAAUAUACUGUGGAUUUGUUUAUCUCUAUCUUGUCUGACUCAAUUUUUUUUCCUUUCCUUUUCUGUUUUUUUCACUUUACAUGCAUCUUUUAAGAAACCUGAGACACACCUAAUAAACAGGAUUCUGUGUACAUUAAAUGUGCAAUAUUGAGUCUGGUUGGUUUCAGUGCAGAUGCAAAAAAACAAAAUUGAUUUCACAACUGAAAGAUAUUUAACAUUGGAUUUGCUCUUGAUCUUUCAACAUAAUGAAAUCCAUUUUAACUUG